AUGUCCCAAGAAGCAGAAGAAUCCACUUACCAGGAUAAGCCAAAAGAAUCGAAGGAACGGUCAAACGAAGAACUUACUAUUGGUAACAGCCAAGAAGAAGCUUCAGAGCGCCAGGGUCGUGCUCGUGCACCCCCGCCCGAUGUCACUCCCCAGGAUGAAGCAAACGAGCGGCAGAAGAUCAAGGAACAAGGCGAGACUCACCCGCCAACCAUCCCAUACUCGCAUGAGGGAGCUGAUAUUGCCGAUACGCCCCUGAGUCAGCGGACUGGACCCCAGGCGGACGAGGGGGGAGCACACCCACCGGAAGAGGAAUCUGCUGCGAGACGCAUUCUCGCCCACCCUAUCCCGCUAACGGAGCAGUUCCUCUCUUCGACCAAGGCCCGGCUGAAGGCCACCAAGGAAUCAAUCAAGGAGCAAACACUUCGGAUCGGCGAUCGGCUGGGUCGCGAACGCGAGGGUGGGGAUAGCUUGCACGGGGCAACGCACCACAGGGAUUGGGCGGCUGGCGGUGAAGUACCUGAAUCUGAUUUCACAGACAAUAAGCACAAGACCAAUGAUGAUAGAAGGGAGCAUCAAAAGACGUCCAGCUCCGAGGCGCACCGUCUGGUGCGUGAACUAACCCAGGACCAAUCUGGUAAACGGCGGAACCUGCGAGGUGCGCCCUAUCCAAACGAAGGCAAAGUCGACAAGGGGGUAUACCAGGGAGGUGGUAUCGACACAAGUCUCCGUUACCGAUCUGGUGGAGGAGGCAUUCUGUCGCAGCUGAUCAAGCUACAGGGAGCGCAGAAUGGGCAAUCUAGCAGCACCUCAUCCGCCACUCCAGGGUCUCCCACGCCUUCGGGCGCCACGACGCCGAAAAAGCAGCGGCCCAAAUGGUAUCAAAAGCACGAGAACCUGUCGACUUCCACGCUGGGGGCAUCGGGAACGCUGAGUGGAGCUAGUACGCCGGUCUCAAGCGAGAUGAUGUCUGUUGCGACGAAACGACGCGGCGGCCGCAAGGGGGAUCGCAAGAUGCGACUGGAAGAUGAAAUCCGCAUCACGGUACACAUUGCCGAAAUCAUUGCCCGCCAGCGGUACAUAAUGCAGCUGUGCAAAGCACUCAUGUCGUUCGGCGCACCGACACACCGACUGGAGGAGUACAUGCAGAUGACAGCAAAGGUCCUUGAGGUGGACAGUCAAUACCUCUACUUCCCAGGCUGCAUGGUGAUGUCUUUCGACGAUCCAUCGACGCGCACCACAGAGGUCAAACUGGUGCGGGUCUCACAGGGAAUUGAUCUCGCAAGGCUAGCCGACACACAUUCAGUGUACAAGAACGUGGUGCACGACAUCAUCGGCGUUGAAGAGGCCAUCCAGGAGCUAGAAGAUAUCCAAAGGCGCGGGCCACGGUACAGCAAGCCGAUUGUGGUGGUCACAUACGGACUGGCGAGCGCAACUGUCGGUCCAUUUGCGUUCGGGGCGCGACCCAUCGACAUGCCCAUCAUCUUCAUCAACGGAUGCAUCCUCGGGGCAAUGCAACACAUCUGGGCAUCAAACUCGGUGCUUUAUUCAAACGUGUUCGAAGUGUCAGCGUCAAUCCUCAUGUCGUUCCUGGCGCGCAUGUUUGGCAGCAUCCAUGGACCAAUGAUGGACGGCACUCGGGAGAGACUCUUUUGCUUCUCAGCGAUUGCCGAGUCGUCGAUCGCACUCAUUCUCCCCGGAUUUCUGGUGCUGUGCAGCAGCCUGGAGCUCCAGUCCCACCAACUGAUUGCAGGCUCCAUCCGGAUCGUGUAUGCAAUCAUCUAUUCACUUUUUUUAGGAUACGGCAUCACAGUUGGGACGACAAUCUAUGGACUGAUCGACCCCAAUGCGACAUCCGAAAUUACUUGCCCCAAAAAGGGGGCAUUCAAGAAUCCAUACAUCCAGCGAUUCCCGUUCGUGGCAUUGAUGGUGAUCUGGCUGAUUAUCAUCAAUCAGGGUAAGUGGAAGCAGGGCCCGAUGAUGAUGUUCAUCGCCCUGUCUGGGUACAUUAGCAACUACUUUAGCACCAAACGCCUCGGCUCAAACUCACAGGUGGCCAAUACGGUCGGGGCGUUUGUCAUUGGCAUCAUGGGCAAUCUGUACAGUCGACUCUGGCAUGGGCAUGCGGCAACGGCCAUUUUGCCAGCCAUCUUUGUGCUGGUUCCGUCAGGACUCGCAGCAACCGGAUCCCUUAUUUCGGGCGUACAAUCGGCAAACGAGAUCCGCACGAAUAUCUCAACAUCCACUGGCGCAAGCACGCAGCCGGGAGCAGGUCUGACGUCGAGCGGGUCGCUGUUCACGCUGGCAGUGGGCAUGAUCCAGGUAGCCAUCGGCAUCACGAUCGGUCUGUUUGUGGCGGCAUUGAUUGUGUACCCAUUUGGCAAGCGAAGGAGUGGUCUGUUCAGCUUCUAG